CGGACUGUCGUGUGACGUCACUCUGCUGCGCCUACAGGAAUUGUCCACAAUGGAAGCGGUUAACGACAUCAACGAGACACCGGCCGUGGCCCUGGGCGCCCUUCUGGACGCGGGGGUCGGCGCCAUGGUGACGCUGGUGGCGGGCGACACACGGCUGGCGGCGCACAGGGCCGUCCUGGCGGACAGGAGCCCCGUGUUCGCCGCCAUGUUGUCCCACGACACCCUCGAGGCGAGCAGCGGUGCAGUGAGCAUCCCAGACGUGGGGGGCCCAGUGCUGAGGGAGCUGAUUGCCUACCUGUACACCCUGCGGGCCCCCCAGCUGCCCGGCAUGGCCCCCCAGCUGCUGGCCGCAGCGGUCAAGUACGGCGUGUCGGGGCUGAAGGCGGAGUGCGAGCGGCAGGUGGCUGCCCAGCUGACUGUGGAGAAUGCGGCGGCCGCGGCCGCCCUCUCCGUGCACUAUUCCUGCAGUGACCUCAGGCAGGCUGCGCUGGCGUUCAUUAGGACCUGUCCGUUGGAGGUGAUAGCCACUCAAGGGUGGGCAGACACCAUGCGAAAACAGCAGGAAGACUUGAUUAAAGUCAGUCAGCUGCUGUACGAUCCACCACCACAAACCAGCGCACCAGCCGCUACACACUUGAGGCCCACCACCACUGCCACCACCACCACCACCACCACUGCAACCACCGCCAUCACUGUCGCCGCCUCCACCUCUGCUGGCCAACACUGCCAGAGACCCGCAGCAGCUGUAGUGCCCAAGACUCCUCCACCUAGCAGGCGUGCACCAGCCGCUACACACAUGAGGCCCACGAACACCGCCAGCACCACCACAACCACUGCAACCACCUCAACCACCACCAUCACCACCGCUGCGUCCACGUCAGCUGGCACACACCUCCACACUCCUGCCACAGCUGUACUGCCUAAGACACCUCCACCUACCAGGCGUGCACCAGCCGCUACACACAUGAGGCCCACCAACACUGACAGCACCAGCAGAACCACUGCAACCACCGCAACCACCGCCAUCACCACCGCUGCGGCCACCUCUGCUGGCACACACCCCCAGAGUCCUGCCUCAGCUAUACUGCCUAAGACACCUCCACCUACGAGGCGCGCACCAGCCAAUACACACAUGAGGCCCAGGAGCGCAAUAAUAACCACCACCACCAGCAGCAGCAGCACUGCAACCACCGACGUCACCGCCGCCGACUCCACCUCUGCUGGCACACACAGACAGAGACCUGCUGCAGCUGUAGUGCCCAAGACGCCUCCACCUAGCAGGCGUGCUCCAGCUACACACAUGAGGCCCAUCACCACCGCUACCACCACCACCACGACAACCACCGCAACCACUGCCAUCACCAUCGUCGCCGCCUCCAACUCUAAUGGCACACACCUUCAGAGUCCUGCCGCAUCUGUAGUGCCCAAGACUCCUCCACCUAGCAGGCGCGCACCAGCCAAUACACACAUGAGGCCCAGGAGCGCAAUAAUAACCACCACCACCACCAGCAGCACUGCAACCACCGACGUCACCGCCGCCGACUCCACCUCUGCUGGCACACACAGACAGAGACCUGCUGCAGCUGUAGUGCCCAAGACGCCUCCACCUAGCAGGCGCGCACCAGCCGCUACACAGGUGAGGCCCACCACCAGCGCCACCGCCACCACCUCUGCCGGCACACCCCGCCAGGCUCCUGCCGCUGCUGUGCCGCAAAAGACUCCUGCACCUGAUGAAGCCACUGUCUCUCGCAUGCGGAGCCUCUCUGCAGAGGAGAGAGACAGGCGGCUGAUAGACGCAGCUAAGCGGGGGGCAGUGGGGGAGCUGAGGGUGCUGCUCGCCGCGGGGGCGGACGUUGCUGCCAGGUACAGCGGGCAGAGGACGCUCCUGCACUGGGCUGCCGUGUGGGGCCACGCGUCUGUGGCGCGGCUGCUUCUGGCUGCGUCCGUCGACCCCAACGCCAGGAGCAGCGGUGGGUGGACGCCGCUGCAUUUUGCGGCAUGCAGUGCCCACGCGGAAGUGGCGGCUGCGCUGCUGAACGCGGGGGCCGACAGGGGGGCCACAACCAAUGAUGGGCGCACAGCGCUGGACCUCGCCAGGGACUUCAACAACAGGAGGCUGAUGGAGAUGCUGUCAUGAUGAGGCAGCCAUUCCAGCAAACUCGUGUGCAAAAGAAAAAGGAAGAACUGACAUAGCUGCCCACAUCCGAUUUUCUUGUUUUGUAAACAAAGAAUGCAAAAAUUCGAUCCUACUGUCA